AUGAUCAUGUGCGUUUGCGCGAUUGUGGCUAGGCAUUUUAUGGAUCCAGAGGUAAACUUUGCGUGAUCAAUUUUUUCCAGUAUUGAAAAUUUUCAGGUCUACGACGAGGAGGAAUCCUAUCAAGGUUUCUUCAAGUACUUCGAUUGUGAGUUUGAGAAUUUCUUUUUUUUCGAAUUUUUAAAGGCUUGAAUAGUGUUGCACCAGGAAGUCAAUUUGAAAAAUCCAAUUUUUUUUUAUUUCUGCAAGCUCCAAACGUUCGCCUGACUUCUGUGAGCUUGGAAAAGUUGAAAAUUAUUGUGAAUGUUUCAUGAACAACUUGAUAGAAUUACUAAGGCUUUAUCCUAAGUUUUAAGUCCAGUAAAAACAUUGAAGCUCGAAAAAUAUUACAUUAGGGUUCUAAAAAAAUAAAAAUUUCGACUUUAAAGCAAAGGUUAAAGCUAGGUCUCAACUGAAAUAACGGUAAAUUGGAAGGAACUUUGAAACAGAUUAUGGCUCAAAAAUAUUUUUUUAAAAGACAGCAUAACCGCUUCUUUUUUUUCGCACAGACCGGAUCUAUAAAAACAGAUUUUUGAAUAAUAAAUUUGGUCUAACCAUGUCAGAUUUUGAGUGAAAAUUUCAAAGUCAGCGUGAAAAAUCCGGCCAUUAGAAUUUUGACCAUAAAUUUAAAGAAAAACCGCCUGAAAUCGACAAAACCUAAUAAUCUUUAAAUUCAGACUACUACCUGGCCCUAUCGAUACUUCUGAUGUCGAUCGUCAUAAUCGACUUUUUCCACGAACACAAAAGAAACAAGGUGGCUCCAGUUACUCGUGUUGUAAGGAAUCUUUGAUUUCAAUUCUCCAUUAGUUAAUUUUUAAAUUCAAUUUAUUGUGAUUUCUUUGUUGUCUAAUAAAAAGUUCUUUUUUUCCUCGAAAUUUUCAAAAAAAUGGACCAUUUUUUCUGUGAAAAGAGAUAACGGUACCGACAGACAAAAAAACAAGUUAAUGCACCUUUUUUCAAAACUGGCCAAGCUACAAAAAAAAAUAUAUAUAAAUUGACGAAAAAAAACAUUGGAGCAUCAGAAAGAAAGUUUGGAAAAAUUUUUUUUCAAUAUCCUCUUUUCUUUGAAACUGAACAUAUUUAUGUUAACAGGUGAAUUUCCAACGUUUUUUUCAAAACCAGAAAAAAAUUUCAAUAAAAAAAGGACUAUUCAGGGACUUUAACUUUAAUUUAAAAAAAUUUCAUAACAAUUCUAUUUCUGGAAAAAAAGAUUCAGAAAAUUUUCAAAAAUUUUUUUAUUUGAGUAAUUGCUUUGGGAUUUCGUGACCAUAAAGGUCUUUAAGAAUUUCUGAAACUUUUUGAAGAUUUUUCGCGUCAAUUUUUACAUCUUUAAGAAUCAGCUCAAAUUCAUAUUUGGGCCGGAAUCAAUUCCGUGACGUGGAACUGUUUCUAUGAACAUAUUUUUGAAAUCAUAAUUGAUUUUAUGAACUUUCUAAAAAAAAUUGUUUUGUCACCGGAGCCAAGAUCAAUGAUCUAGAUUUCGUCGAAAGAUACAUUUUUAGAGAAAAUUCCAUCGAUGACUAAUCGGUUUUUUUUCGGAUUUUUCUCAGCACAAGCGAACAUUCGAUCAAAUCAAUCCAUUCACUUAGGAAAUGUUCAUAAAAUCAAGUUGGAGUCAUGCCGAGGCUCCUGUGGGCGGUGGGCGGCACAUAAGGCACAUGGUUUUCCUUCCUCUCGCCUUUUUCGGAUCAUUCUUUUUCAUUCGACUUUUUCGAGAGCUCCGCAGACGGUCGUCUCCGUACGCCUCCUUUUUUUGUGGUCACCAGUUAUUUCUUUUGAUUUUUUCUCUUUUCGGACUGGUGAUUUGCUUGUAAGAUUCUCCCGAAGUUAUGGGAGCCAAGAAACUUUCUUUCUUUGACGUUUUAGAUUUGACAAGGGAGCUCAUUUCAUUUUGAGGUUGGAAAUUUCCUGAAAACUGGUCAGAGAACUUCUUGACGUACUAAAAGAAGAGUCUGGAAGACUCAAUCUGCACAACUCCCGUUUUUAACAAAUAAGGGCUUAAAGCCCCAAAAAUGGCCUUUUUGACUGAUUUUGAAGGUUUACUCUGAUUUUGAUGGAUCCUUGCUCCAAAAUUAGGAAAUUUGCAGGUUGAAACUUUCAGAAUCAUUUUUUGGUACUUCAAGGGAUGUUCUGACCAAUUAUUUAGGAAAUGCUCGACUACAAAGUUGAAUGACCUCCCUUGUGAGACGCUCCAUAACUCUUGAAUAUUACUGAUUUCUCUGUACAAAUCCCUGGAUAUAACGAGACUUUUAAAGUGCUUCGAGACCUUUUCGCAAAACUAAAAUCAGUUCCGUAACGUUCAUUUCGAAAGCCUUUUUCAACUUUCAAGGGAAAGCUCUUCAAAAGCUUAAAGCCGUAUCUUUUGCAGCAAUUCAGCUCUAUUGAAAAAAUCUAUUUGGUUUCGAAAUAUCGCGUCGCGGUCGCGGUCGCGUUGCGGUUCAGUGUGUUAUAAUCCUUGUGUCGACAAGCAAAAGCCGUUUUGAGGUCGGAGGAUAGAUCUAUUCCUCGUGCCAAGUGUUGAAAGUUGACUAAAUUUUCAAGUAAUUCCAAAAACUAUUUCUCAAUUAAAAAAGCAUUUCUAAAGAGCUCUGAAGCUUUCUCUCUGAUUAUUGUUUGAUGUUUCUAGAGCGGCAUAAGUGAGUCAUAUCACUAACACUUGGUAUACUUUAUGCUCUUAUUCUUUGGGCCAUAGAAAACUGAAGGACCACCGACAGUUCCCGAAAGUCUGCCCAAGCGAGUUCUCAUUUUGAGCUUAUAGCGUGAAUAAUUUUUAAUAAAAUUUGGUUGCGAAUAGACUAGGACAGCAUUCAACGGCUGUGUAGCAGUUUUCUUAUUCGAAAUGCAUCCGACCUAAUCCGACUUGCGCAAAGUCUUGAGUUUGACGCAUGCUCGGCCGGUUUUGAAACUCUAACCCAAUCGCGACCGCGCAGCUUCGAACCAUUCUGCAUGCGACCAUAGUUUCCAAAGAGAAUAAAAUAUACAUAGAUGACUCAGAUACCAUUAACGCUCAAGAAUCAUAGCUUCUUAGAUAAUUUGGGAAGGUGAAUAAUCCUGAGAUCGAUUGACAUUUCAGAAAAUGUCGCGAGCUUUCCAAAAGCAUUUUUUUUCACUUCCAAUUUCUAGAACGAUCUUACAUUUGCACGCUUGAUUAGGCUGAGUAAAUGUCUUGGCGAAGGUUUCUCCGUCUCUUUUUUCAUUUCUUAUGAGAUUAGGUCUUCGAAAUUUGUCUUAGCAAGUUUUUGAGAGGUAAUCUGAAAAAAGCAGCUUAUCUAUCGUAAACUCUUGGGAUCUUACUUCCAGCCCGAUGAUAGAGUGGAUAAAAGACUGGUUUUGAAAACACGUGAGGUAAGUUCAAUCCCUUCGAGGGAUGCUGAACUUUUUGCCAUUUUGACACAGAGUGUUGCGCAUUUGGAUUGAAAUUUUAACGUAUUUACGCUAACCAUAUCGUGGAUUGAGCCUUUCCAAAUGCUAUCAAAGAAUUUUAAAAAUAAUGGGAUAAGAAUUCAGAUGAAAGCUCUACUUGCUCUUGGGUUUAUGCUGGUGGUCAUUCUCGCUGCGGUAACUUUACAAUCAUUUUUUCAGAGCAGAUCGGAAAUCUUUCAGACUCGCGCCAAAAAAAUAUUCAAGCUGGAAGUCACUGCAAAGAAAAAAAUCGACUUCACAGCCAUGUAUGGGAAAGAUAAAGUCGAGAAAAAAAUGAACUCGGGCGAGGUUUUUCUCGUCGAGUUCAAGUCGUCGGAUGAGGUGAAAUUGAAAUUUGCUCUACAAUAACUUUCCAAAAAGAUUGAUGAGAGUGAGGGGAAAUGUAAUGAAAGUCUAAAGGGUUUCAGAUGAAAUACAGGAAAAAAAAACAAAGAACAGGGGUAAAUUUAUCAUUAAAUCAACUAUUGAUUGUAAGAAUGAAUCUGAUAAAGAAAAGAAAGCAGUUUAGACAUUUUUCGCGGUGUAGGGAUUACUGUAGCCCAGUAUACCGUAAACACAUCCGCAGCAUCACCACUUGAAGUUUUUUUUCUAAACGGUUGUCAAAACUUUUUUACUCUAUUUUUAAUUAUUCAUUUUUUGCGUCCCCUACUAAUAUCAAAAGUUAUAUUAUUUCUGAACUACUUUUUCGUGACAAUCUGACGGCAAUCAGUUCAUGGACAUUCUUGAGAAAGUUGAAAAAUAGAAGCGAAACUAACAAAUCUUCCUUGCAGUCGCAAAUCUCCCUUCUUUUCGACGUUACCACGUUCAAGAACGACGAUCGUAAGUUUUUCGCACAUUUUUUGAGAAGCGUUUCAUCCUACUAAAACUUCAUUGAAUAUUCUUGGAAGUUCAUUCGUUUAAAAAACCGUUUUUAGUCCCCCGAUUGGCUCUCUGGCAGAAUGUCGCCCACUUCGAUGCAAACGCCACUGCCGAAUGGAUAAAAGCUCUGGAAACGGAAUAUUUCACUUCUAGGUCGAUGGUUAUUUGCGAAAGGUACGAAAAAAAAUGUUGAAAACACGAGGAAAAAUGUUGGGUGCAAGUUUUUUUUUGCGAGCUGACAAGUUUAAGACUAACUUUUUACAAGGACAUCAUAUAUUUUUUUAUUUAUUAUUCACUAGUUGAGUGAAAAAAAUUUAUAUUUAAAUAAACCCUAUAAUACGGAAUUAUUAAAAAAAUAAAAAAAAUAAUCAAAGAAAAAUGCGUUCAGAAAGAUGAAAAGUUCGCUGGGGCACACUUGAUGUUAUGGCUCAAAAAAACUCGAAAUUUUUUUGCUCUCGAUUUUUCAAUCCAGUUUGGAUAUUUUAAACGAACUUAUUUUUUCCGGUAUUAAAAGUAAUAUUAAAAAUCAGGAAAGGAGAUGAGAAAAGUAAUUUGGAAGAAUUUAGUCAUAAAACAUUUCGAAAUUCGAAACCCUCUAGUUAAUUUCUUUUCUUAUAUGUUUCAGAAUUUGGAAUCUUUUGCAGAAAUUAUUCCGGACCUCAAUGUGAUCGUUAUUGCUUUGUUGCCAAAGAAUUGGCGGAUCGAAUGGAAUGCGACAAAAAUGGAACUUUGCGUUGUCUCCCGGCUCAUCACGGAAAGAGCUGUGAUCCAAGUCUGUUAUUUAAAAUUUAUCAAAAUGAAAUAGUUAUUAAAAUCUUGAAAAAAAGUAAUCCUCAGUCCCUUUGAACAAUUUUUCAUAUCCAACUUUCAGUAGGUUAAAAAAACGGAUUUCUGCCUCGCGAUUUUUUUAAUACCUAAUCUAAAGUUUCAAAAUAUAUUCAUGGUUCGUUUUUACGAAGAUAAAUGCUUUGAUUUUUUUGAGAAUCUCUCAAACUUGAAUUUUUAAAUUUCCGUGACCAAAAAAAUAAUAACUUUCACGUUUUUUUCUUUUUCACCGUUCUGAAGCUAAAAAAAGAUAAUAAUAAUAUUUUUUGAAGAUCCGAAUAACUCCACCAUUGACACCGAAAACGAGCAAAGCUGGCUUCAGAGCUGCACGUCCAUCAAUUUUUUUUUCCCUAUUUUCGGUAAUCCAUUUUUUUUUCAACCAAAAACUUGAGAUUUUUCCAGUUCUCGGAGGCUAUCUCAUCGCCAUGUUAUGUAUGAGAUUUUCGGAAUGGCGUGAAGGUGAAUUUGGAGUUUCAGAACUCUUUUUUUUUGGGCUUUAUCAGACAAAGAAGGUCAUUCUCUUUUUGAUUGAGAAUUUCUUAAUAGUUGUCUUUAGGCAUAUCCCUCCUUGAUGUGUCAGAAAAAUAUCCUGAAAAUCUCAAACUGCACAAUUUUCCAAAUUUUCAAAAGGUCACCCCAAAGCCCGUUUAGAUAGACAAUUUGGACUUUCGGCCCUUUUUUCUCGAAAACUUAAAGGUUCUCUGAGAUUUUCAGAAUAUUCUUUUAGUACAUCAAGGAGAGACCCGGUCCCCUGUUUUAGGAAAAAGGAUUUUCCAUUUUCAAUGCUCAAACAGUACAUCGAUAAUUUAUUUGAAACAAUUGACAGGUCAAAAAAGACAGCCUUCAAUAAAAAAAUUCAUUCAAAAAAAUUUCACAAAAUAAUAGUUUUUUUGGACCCAUUUUUUUCAGCCCGCCGCGAAGUCCCGUCUCCUGAAUAUCCACUGAUCAUUAGAAACGCCAAUUGA